CGACACCGGUCUAGCCGGAAUUGGCCAUCGUGAAAGCGAUCCGAUCCCACCCGAUUGGCUCAUCGACCAUACCGACAGCGCGAAAAUCAGGACGAUACAGAUUCUACUCCAGUCGCUCUGCCCAACUCUAUUUGGUUGAAGGAAAGAUUCUUCUAUUCCCUCGUUUUGUGGUAACCAAACGGAAAAUUGCUUGGAUCAAUUUGGAAGUUCAGUCCUGCGUGAGAUGGAAAAUGAUAAUGACUUUACGUUUUGUCAGGUUAGCUUACCUGUUGACCAAGAAGGUCAUGAGACAAAGAAGCUCGUGUCGGAUAUUGGUGGUAUUACUAUAAAAGAUGAAUUCUCUGAUGGCAGUAAUAAUAGUCAGAAUGACAGUCUUUUGAGGAAUGAUAAAGUGCCAGAUGAUACCACCUCUAAGAAGCAGGGUACAGUUGGUUCCUUGUCUUUCAAUGUUACUGAUAUGUGCUCUCUGAAACAAUCAAUGGAAUUUUCAAGACCAGUUGCAUCAGGAGAUGCUGGAGGUUCCGUUAACGAAUUCCAGGAACAGACUGUCGCAAAGAAGCCAGCACCUCGAGCCAAGGUCCCUUUUGAGAAAGGAUAUAGCCAAAUGGACUGGCUUAAGCUUACUCGAACACAUCCUGACCUUGCAGGAUUAAAUGGACAAUCAAAUAAGAGACUUAUUUCUAUGAAUGAAGUUAGACAACAUCGGGAAGAAGGUUCCAUGUGGACUGUUUUGAAGGGUCGUGUGUACAAUAUAUCUCCAUACAUGAGGUUUCAUCCUGGAGGGUGGGGGAGGGUUGGUUUCUUAACAAGAGACUAUAUUUCAGUGCUUCAACUCAGUUGCUAGUUGUGUUUUUCUCUUCCUUUCCCCUGUUGAGAAUUGCAAGUUGCAUAUUCCCUUUCCUUCAACCUAAUGAGAAUUGUUAUGGUAUACAAUCCUUAAUACAUUUUCUUAAGAUAAAUACCAUGCUUGGGUGAAUGCUGAGUUUUUACUAGAGAAGUGCCUUGUGGGUACACUGGAAAAUAGUGGAUGAAGAGCAGAAAGAAUGGAGUAAUUUAGAAGUGGUGUUAAGCCUCGUUCAUCGUCAUGCUAGCUGAUUGGUGUUGAAACUCCUUUUCCAUUUAAUUGUAUCCUGAAAUUAAUGUCACAGUAAAAUGACACCCUGUUUUUAUGGUUGGGAUUACUUUAUUGUUCCAUCAUUUGGAAUUAAUAAUAAUUCACAUGUUUUGCUUCUA